GGAAACUUGACUCGUCAAAAGCAUAUGAACACACACGUUCUGCUUUUGUUUCCGUUUGGUUGUGGUUUCACCGGUUCCAUCCUGCAGCCUGUUACACAUGUUUGCUCGUAGCAAUCAAAGGCUGAGAUUCGUGGGUUUGUUUUGUACGUUAGCAGCAGCGUUGCCUUUAAUGUGAUCUGGAUUUUGAGGUGAAGGGCAGGUGCAUGUUGGUCCUUCAGAGCAGAGCUGACAAGAGUCUGACUGUUCUCUACCGUCCGCGGUGAGGAAGCUCAUUAUGUGAGUGAACAAUGCGAUCAUUGUUGGGAGCCAGCUUUGGUCAGCUGCUUCAUCCCUAGAGGUUUCUCUGACUUCUACAUUCUCAGUUUUCCCCUCUCGCAUACAUUUACCUGCACAGUGAGUCUAUCACAUGGGAAUGGCUAUUCUCUCCUGUUGUCAUGAGAGUUUAAUGUUGGAAGUGGGCAAAAAGAUGCAUUUAGUUUCACAAGUGAGUACAAUUCAUUUUAAUUUACGCGUUGUCUUCCAUUCAUCUGGGUCUGAGUUCUCAGGCUCACCUAAGCCACUUCUCUCAGCAGCUUCAGUGGGAAGCCAAGGCAUUCCCAGUCCAGUUUAGAUGUCCUGGGUUGGCUCUGGGUCCUCCUGACAGCAGCACAUGCCUCCUCCAGGAGGUAUCCUAACAAACUCAACUGACUCCUCUCAGUGAGGAGGAGCAGUGGCUCUACCUCAAGUACCUCCCAGAUGCCUGAACUCACCACGUCACUAACCCAGCCUUUCCUCUGGAUGCGUAUAUAGCAUAUAAUGUAAUGGGUGUGUUCUACCCAGCACACUCAACACACCACACACAGAAGGGAUAUUUCAUAACCAGGUUAAAAUAUAAAACACUUGCUCUUUUCCAGAUUGCAAGAUAGAAAAAGAGAAGAAACAAGGAGUGUGCAUGAAGGUGCGUGCCGAUGAGCAGGGCAGGCGAUUGCUUGGGGGUCCCUAGGUCACUAGGGGUCAGACCAAAGGUGUUGGACACAGGAAAGUAGUCUCCGAGACAUGACAGUAGUGAGACACAUGGGUGGCACCAGGUAGUAGCUAGGGGUUGCUAAAGCAACGGCACGUUUAGCCAAGCAACAGCUUAGCAACCCCUGCUCUUGAACCCCGCCCGCCACCACCCCAACCUCCCAGGGCUCUUCAGUCCGUGCCGAUGGAUGCUGGAGAGUAUAUGACUAGAUAUUAUGUCCCGCUUUGUGUGGGACUCCCGCAUUUUCAUUACUUUUCGCUCGCACGGCAGGUUGAGAGUUCAAAGCUUGCACAAACUGCGUGGUGAAAGCUGUGGCUGUCAAUUAAAACAGGAGGCGGGGCUUUAACCCAAGCAGAGGUGAGGCCUGCCGGACACUUGCUCCACCGGUCCCUCCAACCACCACCAGCAGGCCAUGAACAGACCUGUUCGAUAACUACAUGCAGCAGGAUGCCCACGAAUUCCUCAAUUACCUACUGAACACGGUGGCUGACAUCCUGCAAGAGGAGAAGAAGCAAGAGAAGCAGAACGGGCGCCUGAAGAACAACGGCACCGCUGUGGCCACCGAUAACGAGAUGGAGAACAAGACCGAGCCCACGUGGGUUCAUGACAUCUUCCAAGGCACGCUGACCAAUGAGACGCGCUGCCUGAACUGUGAAACGGUAAGCAGCAAAGAUGAAGAUUUUCUGGAUCUUUCUGUGGAUGUGGAGCAGAAUACAUCAAUAACACACUGUCUCAGGGACUUUAGCAACACAGAGACAUUGUGCAGUGAAUACAAAUACUACUGUGAAACAUGCUGCAGUAAGCAAGAAGCACAGAAACGGAUGCGAGUGAAGAAGCUUCCCAUGAUCCUGGCGCUGCACCUCAAGAGGUUUAAGUACAUGGAGCAGCUGCACCGCUACACUAAACUGUCCUACCGGGUGGUUUUCCCUCUAGAACUUCGUCUCUUUAACACGUCAGGGGAUGCUGUUAAUCUGGACCGCAUGUAUGAUCUGGUAGCAGUGGUGGUUCAUUGUGGAAGUGGUCCAAACCGAGGUCAUUACAUCACCAUAGUGAAGAGUCACGGCUUCUGGUUGCUGUUUGAUGACGACAUCGUGGAGAAAAUCGACGCCCAGGCCAUUGAGGAGUUUUACGGUCUUACCUCAGACAUUUCCAAGAACUCCGAGUCGGGAUACAUCCUCUUCUACCAGUCCAGAGAGUGACUCUGCUGCUGGUUCAGGCACAGAUCCCCCCUUCCUCAUCCCUAUCCUACUCCUCCAACUUCUCUGACAAAUGUGCCAUCCCUUCAUCCCUGAGCUCAUCCUCUGGGUUGUACAAGUGCUUCAUCUCUUUAUCUGUGAAAUCUGACUCUUGUCUUUUAGUCACCUGCAUCUGGACUGCACUUUAAAACAAAAAGGCUCAACAGCACGGUGGUAACAGACAAGAAAGCGGUCGGGGAGCCUACAGAUCAGAAACUGACGUAUCUGUUAUCUGUUAGUAAGGUCUUCUUCCUUAAUGUGCCACCCUGUUUGAACCCUGUUAUUAGGGCUAUUUCCACAGCUUUCUUUUGUCUUUGUUUUGUUUCUGUCUCUAAAGGAUGCACGAGGCGUGAAGACGAGCACUGUAAAAUACACACGCACUACAAAAGGGUUUCAAGCAAUAUACAGGAGAAGCUACCUGAGCUGUAGUUAGACCCGGUUUGAUCAGAAGCUCUAACUAAACACAGGUUUCCCAUCAGGAUCUUCGAAAUAUACCCAGCCUUUAAAUUUUUAUUCAGAUGGAAAAAAAUGCUAUUUAUGACACAUAUUUAUUAUUGUUGUUUUCCUAAUACAGAUGGGUAAAAUGAUGGUGUGUGAAAAGGUGCUCAUUGCAGGUGAGACGUCUGCUUAACCUGUCUUGACUGACGUGGAACAUAGUGCAAUAUGUGGUGAUCUAAAGUGAGUGGUUUUGGUUUUGGUUGAUAGUGAUGUACCUUUUGUUGUUCGUUCGAGUCAAAGUAAAUCCCCCUCUCUACCCGACACAGCUGGAAGCUUGGCCACAUCUCUCUCUUCAGCUGAACACUGUGUUCAUGUUUUUUUUAUCUUCAAAUGACCGCUCACUAGGUUUCUCCUGAUUGUUCAAAUGUAGCAGUGGAGUCUGGAAACCCUGGACCAUGCGAUAUUGUUUGUACUGUAGGAGGGUUGGUUUGACCGUUCUAGAGUAUUUGUUUUUUAUGUGACAUUCCUGUUUGCUGCGCAUCAAACAUCACCAUUUCAGACACUGUUACGUUGUUUUUUCUGUGCAGAACUGAAGGUGAAAGAUUCAGAGAUUCUUGUUUGUGACUGAACUGCUGAAGAAUUUGUGCCAAAACCAGACUGGACACCUACUUUGCAGCCGUCUUAAACAGAUUAUUUUCUUUGUAAAGAUACAGUUGUACAUAUAAAUUAUGUAGAAGAAAUAAACACUUGUAGAAAUAGGAAAAUAUUUUUUUAAAGUGAACAUCUCAACAUACUCAUUGCAAAGGCUUCAGCUCAACGCUGUUCUACAAUAACAAAUACAUAUUCCAUCAGAGAAACAUGAAGAUGUUUGCAUCUGGGCUUUUAGAAAAUGUUGACAGAAGCAGACGUGUGAGAGGAAAGGGACUGUUUUUAUUACGCCGAUCUUCCAUUAACUUUAUGCACUUAUCCUUACUGGGGUGCUUGGUCCUGUGGGGUGUCAUACUGGUCAGAGUCCCGCUCCGGCUGGGACAAGAUGGAGGAGACAACUGCGUCGCUGAUGGUUAAUUGUAAGUGCACUUUAAUAGUGAUGAGCUUUGAUGCUUUAACAUGACAAACCGCAGUCUAACAUGAUGUUUCUCUUCUGUUCAAUAAAAUGAAAACCGACUCUCCAAA